GAGGUCACCAGUGCAUUCACCCCGAUUUGCAGUGACCUCAUGAUAUUUACGCUGGGAUGCAUCUCGAAGUCGCCCCGACGGAGCAGAGUUGUUGCGCCAUGAUUUGUUCUCACCGGGCCAGUGGUGAUGCAUAUGGUGAUGUCAUUUCCGAAGUUCUAAUCGCUACUUAUGUAGCCAGAGCCUAGACAUCCUCCGCCCAGUUCCCCAAGCCAUGAAGUCCGUCGGGUGCCCUAGCAUUGCUGUUUCUGCCUCGGAGAAAUCCGAAGAUGGUGCCGAUCGCGUCGUGCGGCCGCAUUCGUCAGCGAUAUCGUCCCCAGUCCACGCUCUCAGAUUUGCUUCUUUGAACGACCCCCCGCCUGAUGACUCUGCUCUUCGCUCCCCGUCCACCGCCCAUUGGCUUCACGUCCCCUCGAGUCCUCUGUACGCUUUAGAUGAGCCAUGGCCCUAUAGCCCACGAUUCUUUCCAUAUCAAGCGAUGCACCAGGGCUGUGAGCGCCCUAUUGCAUUCCCUCAUCUAUCGCGUCCAUUUGCUCUCGCACCCGAUGUGUUCUCACCGAGCUCGCCGACCACCUCGGAUAGCGGCGAAAGCGGCAGUGGCAGCAGCAGCGACCACCAUGUGCCUGACGCGCCUCGCCCCGCGCGGCGGUCCCUGCGCACGAGAUGGGCCAUGUGGGUUGGAAAUCUCCCGCUCGAUGUGACGCACAAGGAGCUGCGCACGUUUUUCACGAUGGGUCCCUCGAAGAAGUCCGCCCACGGCCGCGACUCCGACCAUCGCCGCCUCGCCGACGACCUCAACGGCGUCGUCUCCGUGUUCCCCAUCACGCGCUCGGGCUGUGCGUUCGUCAACUAUGCGACGCCCACUGCACUCGAGCAGGCGCUGGCGCGGUUCAAUGGCGCGCACUUCCGCAACGAUCUGACCAAGCCUCUCGUGUGUCGCACGCCGGAGGAGGAGGGCAACGGUCUACAUCCUACCACUCUUUCGGUCGCCAGCUCAGCCACGUCCAGUCAUCGAGCACUUGCGGACCACUUUCCGAAGCGGUUUUUCGUCAUGAAGUCCCUCACACAGGGAGACCUCAUCUUAAGCGUCAAAACGGGUUUGUGGGCCACCCAGAGGCACAACGAGUUCUUCCUCGACCAGGCCUUCAAAACGGCAAAGGAGGUGUACCUCAUCUUCAGCGCCAACAAAAGCGGCGUGUUCUUCGGCUAUGCACGAAUGAUCAGUGUACCGCGAUCCGACCCCUCGCACGUCGAGAGCCCAGCGAAUGACUGCCGGGACCAGGUCGGGAUGAGCCCGCGGUCGAGCUCGAUGGCCCCGGGAGUGUGGAGCAAAUCCACCAGCGACGGCGCUUCACACUGGGGGAAAGAGUUUGGCGUGCAGUGGGUGUGCACCCGGGCCCUUCCCUUUGCAUAUACGGAGCAAGUGCUGAAUCCGUGGAACCGAAAUCGAAGGGUGCAGGUAUCGCGAGACGGCACUGAGCUCCAUCCCGCGGUCGGCCAGGAGCUGCUUAGGAUCUGGGGCGAGCUUGCCGUGGAGCAGUAGAUCCCGCCAGCCUUCCUUUCAUCUCUGCGCCGGGAUCCGCAUGCGCAGCCUCGUCGUUCGCUCUCGCUUGUCGUGUUGUACUACAUGUGGCUGUCUGUCCUCGUAAUAUCUGGGCUGGGCUGUGGAUGGCUUUGCAAUUGAUAGAUACCCUCCUACAAAUCGCAUGGUGCGAUAUCGAUGCCGUCUAGGCUCCGGAACCACUCCAGUGUCGCGUUUCUCCACACAUCAGACAUCAGAUCACGACCGAAG